UAUGAAGGUACGGUUUGAAGAAUGCUUUUUUUUGCUGUCGAUGGACUUAGUGAGGGUGUCAUAGAGAUUUGUCGCUGUCAACCCGUUUGACGCCAUGGUGGCAUGUCUCUUAUCCUCAUACUCUCCGGUCUGCACGUUUGGUGCGGAGGGAUGUGCAUCGGGUACAUCGACUGCCCGUCUGGCGGGUGCAUCAAGAAUGGUACAAGUGCCACAACGACAUGUCUCCUAUCCUCAUACUCUCCGGUUUGCCCGUUUGGCGCGGAGAGAUGCUCAUCGGGUGCAUCGACUGCUCAUCUGGCGGGUGCAUCAUGCAUGGAUAAGGUAGCGCUUGUAGUAGAAAGCAGAGUAGAGGAGCUUUGCGAAUGUGUCUUGUACGCCUGGAUGAUGCCCAUCGACUCCAUUGAGCUUUAG